AUGAUGAGAGGGAGCUGCUGGGACCACCAGAAAAAGCCACAGGUGACCCAGGACUCAGGACCCAGGAGCAUGAGGCUUGCAGGACAAGAGACAGCUGGCCAGCUACAGGUGACUCUGCUGUUCACACCCAAUGGCAGUGGGCUGAGCCAGGAGUUUGAAGGCGAUUGGCCGGAGAUCCCAGAGAGGUCCCCAUGUGUGGCCGGGGUCAUCCCUGUCAUCUACUACAGCGUCCUGCUGGGCCUGGGGCUGCCUGUCAACCUCCUGACCACAGUGGCCCUGGCCCGCCUCGCCGCCAGGACCAGGAAGCCCUCCUACUACUACCUUCUGGCGCUCACGGCCUCGGAUAUCAUCACCCAGGUAGUCAUCGUGUUCGUGGGCUUCCUCCUGCAGGGAGCCGUGCUGGCCCGAAAGGUGCCCCAGGCUGUGGUGCGCGCGGCUAACAUCCUGGAGUUUGCUGCCAACCACGCCUCAGUCUGGAUCGCCGUCCUGCUCACAGUCGACCGGUACGGCGCCCUGUGCCACCCCCUGCACCAUCGGGCCACGUCGUCCCCAGGCCGGACCUGUCGGGCCAUCGCUGCUGUCCUUGGUGCUGCCCUGCUGACUGGCAUCCCCUUCUACUGGUGGACGGACGUGUGGAGGGACGAGGACCCCCCCAGCACACUGGACGAGGUCCUCAAGUGGGCUCACUGCCUCAUCGUCUAUUUCAUCCCUUGUGGCGUUUUCCUGGUCGCCAACUCGGCCAUUGUCUGCCAGCUACAGAGAAGGGGCCAGAGUGGGCCUCGGCCCCGGGUGGGCAAGAGCACCGCCAUCCUCCUGGGUGUCACCACGCUCUUCGCCCUCCUUUGGGCACCCCGGAUCUUUGUCAUGCUCUACCACCUGUACGUGGCCCCCGUCUACAGGGACUGGAAGAUCCACCUGGCCUUGGAUGUGGCCAACAUGGCGGCCAUGCUCAACACAGCAGUCAACUUUGGGCUCUACUCCUUUGUGAGCAAGACUUUCCGGGCUACUGUCCAAGAGGUCAUCCAUGACGCCCGCCUGCCCUGCACCCUGGGGUCACAGCCAGCGGGCAUGGUGGCGGAACCUGUGCUGAAGCCUGCAGGACUCCCCAGAGGGGCAGAAGUGUAG